AUGUUAAUUGAUAAUUGCUUCAAGGGAAAUAUAUUAGAAAUAUUCAGGAUUGCUGGUCUUAAUCCAUCAGAUUCAAAUCCAUAUUCAUCAAUUAAAGAUUCAAAUAUAAAUGUAAUUGGAUUGAAUCAAGAUUGUAAUAGUUUAGUAAAUGGUAAUCCAUGGCGUAAUCCAUAUUCAAAUCCAUAUGUAUAUGAUGCAGCAACAGCUGUUGCUUUGGUUGGUUAUUCUCCUUAUGCAGCUGGUUAUUCUCCUCACAUGGAUUUAGCUGGUAGAAGAAAAAAUGCAACAAGAGAAACAACAGCUACAUUAAAAGCAUGGUUAUAUGAACAUAGAAAAAAUCCUUAUCCAACCAAAUCAGAAAAAGUUUAUUUAGCUAUAAUGACUAAAAUGACAUUAACACAAGUUUCAACUUGGUUUGCUAAUGCUAGAAGAAGAUUAAAAAAAGAAAAUAAAAUGACUUGGUCACCAAGAAAUAGAACAACUGAUGAUGAUGAUGAUCGAAAUGUUGAUCAAUCAAAUAGUGAUGGAUCUGAUGAUGAAUCAACUUCUCCAACAAUUCAAACAACAAAUCCAUCAUCAUUAUCAACAACAAUAACAGGAAUAAGAGGAACAACACCAAUACCAACAUCAACAACAACGACAUCACAAACAUCUUUUAUAUCAAAUAUACAUUAUUUAUCACCUCCAUUAACUCUUAUUCAACAUCAUCACAUUGAACAACAAAAUAUUCCUACAGAUGAAACAAAUCGAAAAAGAAAAUAUGAUGAAAAUGAUAUUCGAGAAAGGAAAAAACGUUGUGGAAUUUGGUCACUUGCAGAUAUGGCAGAAAAAAAUAAUAAAAAUAAUAAAAAUGAUACUUUUUUAGAAAAACAACAACAAACAAGAUCUUAUUCAAUAUCAUCAUCAUCAACAUCUUCAUCUCCAACAUCAUCAUCACAAGGUCAAACAAUAGUUGGUGCAUUUAAACCUUUCAAAUGA